UCUAACUCGAGUUGUUGGAUCGUUUUUUUCCCUGAACGACCAGGCCCCGGUCUCAUCCCCAGCCUCGCGUUUUUUUUUUGUUGGAAGUCAUGGGAGACACCAGUGAACGAAGCAAACCUCCGAGUCUACCUCCCCGGUGUCCCUGCGGAUUUUGGGGGUCCAGUAAAACCAUGAACCUCUGCUCCAAAUGUUUUGCUGACAUCCAGAAGAAGCAGCCGGGGGAGGACUGCACCUCCAGGCCCAUCCAGAGCAGCGGGAGUAGCCAAUCGGCCGUCUUCAGUAGCGAGACGAGCAGUAGCAGUAGCCAAUCCCUUUUGUCGUCGCCGGCCUCCAGCUCCGAGCAGCCGUCAGCCGAAGAGCCCUCGCCCACGUUUCCCAGCAGGAGGGAAGGCGUGUCGUCCACAGAAACAGCCCAAGGCACACUCUGCACACCCACAAAACGUCCACGAGAAUCAGCCUCGAGCUCAGAGAGCGAGGCGACACCAGAGAAACGGCCCCGGCCGGACGAGAAGGAGGGGAGCGGCGAGGAGGCCGGCGGGACGCCCAAGCAGAAGAACCGCCGGCGCUGCUACCGCUGCCAAACCAAACUAGAGCUGGUGCAGCAGGAACUGGGCUCCUGCCGCUGCGGCUACGUGUUCUGCAUGCUCCACCGUCUCCCUGAGCAGCACGACUGUCUGUUCGACCAUCUGGGCCGCGGGCGCGAGGAGGCCGUCCUCAAGAUGGUGAAGCUGGACCGCAAGGUGGGCCGCUCGUGCCAACGCAUCGGGGAGGAAUGCUCCUGAUUGGCCACACCGGGACCGGCCAUCCAAUUAGAGCUGAGGCGCUUACAGAGAGGAGGAAGGAGAGCGAGGA